AUGUCAUCGAAGGAAACACUAGAAAGUUCAUCAUCGGAAAUCUCUCCAAUUCCUCAAACUCCAAUAGAAGAAAACGAUCAAGUCAUAUUAAUAUCUUCAUCAUUGCUUACAGAUACUCAACGAUCAAAUAGUUUGACAAUAGAUAAGAUCGGUACACUUAAUGAAGAAUCUUCGAAUAUUGAAACUGUUCCAGUUGUAGAAUGUCUUUCAAAUACUGAAAUAGCCAAUGCCAAAAUGGUUGUUGUAACGUCACCAUCGUUUAAUUCAGACUUAUCAUUAGAACAAAACGAUUCAAUUAAUCAAUUAAAUCCAUCAUCAUCAUCUUUCCUUGAAACAAAACAACGUCGAAUAGAUCAUAGGCGAAAUAAAAGUGAACCUUUCAAAUGUACAAGUACAGAAGAUAUUCCAUCUGCAAUAGAACUUGAAUUAUCUUCAGCUAGUACAACAAGUAAUGAAUCACAAAUAAGUAAUAAUUCACUAAAUCAGAUUAGAAGAAAAUCAUCAACAAAAACCGAUUCAAAUAAUAUUCCAUCAUUGAAAACUGUGAAGCAAAUAGCACAAGAAAAAUCUUCUCCAUCAGCAAUAACAUCAAGAAAAAAGAAACCAUGGUAUAAUCCAUUUCAAUGUACAUAUCGCCAGCGAAAUGAAGAAUUUCGAAAACUUUUCAAAGAAUUACCAAUCGAUGAACGAUUAAUUGUUGAUUAUUCAUGUGCAUGGCAAAAAGAUAUAUUAAUUCAAGGUCGAAUCUAUUUAUCUCAAAAUUAUCUAUGUUUUUAUGCAAAUAUUCUCAAUUGGAAAACAAGUUUAUGUUUAAAAUUUCAAGAUAUUGUUGCAAUAGCACGUGAAAAAACAGCAAAAGUUAUUCCGAAUGCUAUUGAAAUCAAAUCCAAUAAAGCAGAAAAAUAUUUUUUUGCAAGUUUUGUAGCACGUGAUAAAUCUUAUGCACUGAUGCUUCGAAUAUGGCAAAAUGUAUUAAAUAAUCAAUCAAUUCCUGCUCAACAAUUGUGGACAAUGAUUCAUGAAAGUUACGGUGAUGAUUUAGAUAUGACAACUGAUGAAGAAGAUAUAUAUCAUAAAACAUCACCGAAGGAACAAAUACAAGCGAAUGGGAAAUAUGAUUUAUCAAAUAUUGUUUUGCGUAUAACUCCAAAUUCAAUAAAUUCGAAAUCUUCACAACAAGAAGACGAUUGUUCAAGUGUUUCAUCACAUGGUGAACAUCAUACUGAUGAUGAUGAUGAUGAUGAUGGUAUUAUUCCAAUUGAAGAAAAAGCAGCAACAGACACACUUAAACGUCAACCUCAAUCAAAUUUAUCAAAACACAAUAUGAAUAUGAGUCCGGAAAUAUGUUACCUAGCUCAAUGCCCAUGUCAGUCACAUUUAGCAACAGAAUUAAUUAAUCGAACAUAUUCCAUGUCAGUCGAACGUCUUCUUGAUUGCAUAUUUGGUGAUAAUGAGUUUCUUGUUGCUUAUCGGGCAUCACGUCGUAUCAAAGAUUUUCGUGCUAGUGAAUGGCAAGUUAACAGUGAAACAGGCAAACGUGAACGUCUAUGUACCUAUCGAGUCAUUGUUUCGGCUGUUAUCGGUUCGACAACAGUCAUUUCAAAUGAAAAACAAGUUAUUGAUUGUGAAUUAGCAAAAUCACAUUUUGUAUUAGAUACAGAAAUACGCAACGAAGGAAUAAAAUAUGCUGAUGCAUUUUAUGUUGCAUCUCGAUAUUGUCUUGUACAAAUUGGACCAAAUAAAUCACAUUUAAAAGUAACAUGUGAAGUUCGAUAUGUUAAAAGUUUAAUGGCUAUUAUUAAAACAUUCAUCGAAAAAAAUGCCAUGGCUGCUCUUCAAGAUUCAUUUAACGAUUUAAUGAAACGUAUGGAUCAAGAAUCUUCCAAACGACCACGAGCACACAGUACUAGUGAUAAUAACGAAAAAGAAAACAUAACAGUACUAAAUACAAGAUCAUUAGAACAUCAGCAAUCAGAUGAAUUAACUUCUUCCAUCAAUGAUUUGUCAACAAAUUCUCAACAAGAAGACUCAAUUCAGGAUGAAAUAAGCUCAAAUAUAUCAGUACCAGACAAAUUAUGUUCAUCUAAAAAUGCAUUUUUAUUAUCAUUUUGUCUAUUCACAAUGUUUAUUCUACUUAUUGUUAAUAUAUUUUUAUGUAUAAAAUUGAAUCAAAUUGAUCAUAUGACUGAUCACCUUUUACAAGUUUAUCCAACAUGGUUAAAUAAAUAUUCAUAUCAACAAGAAGAUAGCGAAUGGUCUUUAUCAUUGAAAAGACAAGAAGAAUAUUAUCAAACUCAAUUAAAUAAUCUUCAAUCUGUUUUAGUGACAACUCAUAAUGCCUUAAAAAAUGUUACCAGUACUUUAUACGCAUCAUCUAAAUUGAGCAGUCAAUAA